AUGCUGCCCUCUUGUCGGCUGCGGCGGCCGACAAGCUAUGGAACUCAGACCCACAGAGAGAAGCGAAGCUCCAACUUUCCCUACGCGACAGAUAUCGUCCGCAAGCUCAACGAGGCUCCCCUGCAGCUCUUGGCGCACGAGGUGGCGAGCCAGGCCCAGCCGCCUUCUGACCUGAAGGACCGACUUCUGCCUGUUGGCUUCACCACGAUCUUCGACUACCUUUUUCUGCUCAGAGAGGCGUGUCAAGCCUUGGCGCCAGCAGGACCGGCUGGGCUGGUACUACUUGCGGCAGCCGUCUCGGACUUCUAUGUGCCUGAGGCGGAGAUGGCCACGGAGAAGAUUCAGAGUCGGGCGCACGAUGGGCUCACUGUACAGCUGCGGAACGUGCCAAAGAUGCUCGGUGCAGUUCGUGAGUGGGCUCCCAAGGCUUUCGUGCUGUCUUUCAAGCUAGAGACGAACCCAAACAUCCUCCUUGCCAAAGCUGCCGGAGCAUUGAAGAAGUACAAAGUUGAUGCGGUGUGCUCCAACGUGCUGCAUACCAUACGCGACUGGGUCACCAUCGUGGAGCCGGACCCCGUCGUGGGCACAGGAGACGACGGAGAUCCAGGCUCGGACACGCUGGAUAAAUUGCUUACUGAGAAUUAG